AACCGAUUGGGCGUAAUGAACACGCUCCAGCGUGAUCAAUGGAAGAUGGCGACGCGAGUCCUUCAGAGAUUUGGCAAUGGCCUGAAUCAGGCAAAAAACACGGCCCAGUCAACAGGACAGACCGUCGUUUUAUCCAGGGGGUUGUCAGCGUCAAACCAUAGGAGUCGUGAAGACAGUUGGUUCAAGUCGCUAUUUGUGCGUAAAGUUGAUCCCAGAAAGGAUGCCCACUCCCACUUGCUUACCAAGAAUGAGGAAAGCAACCUCUACAAAAUCCAGUUCCAUAAUGUGAAACCAGAGUGCCUGGAUGCCUACAACCAGCUUUGUGAGGAGACCCUGCCAUCUAUCCAUAAUGAUAAGUACUAUCCCUGUGAGCUGGUGGGUACCUGGAACACCUGGUAUGGAGAGCAAGACCAGGCUGUACAUAUGUGGCGGUAUAGAGGAGGAUACCCAGCUCUGACUGAGGUUAUGAGCAAACUUCGGCAGAACAAGGAGUUCAUGAAGUACCGGGAGGAGAGAGGAAAGAUGCUGUUGUCUCGUAGGAACCAACUGCUCCUGGAGUUCAGCUUCUGGAAYGAGCCCAUCCCCAGGAAGGGACCCAACAUCUACGAGCUCAGGUCCUACCAGCUCAGACCUGGCACCAUGAUUGAGUGGGGUAAUUACUGGGCCAGAGCUAUUGGCUACCGCCAGCACAAUAGUGAGGCUGUCGGAGGGUUCUUCUCCCAGAUCGGAAACCUCUACAUGGUGCACCACCUCUGGGCUUACAAAGACCUUGAGGCCAGAGAAGCCACAAGGAACGCAGCUUGGCAACAUGAGGGUUGGGAUGAGGUUGUGUAUUAUACAGUUCCUCUCAUUCAGCAUAUGGACUCCAGAAUCAUGAUCCCAAUGAAGGCUUCCCCACUGCAGUAACCUAAGAGAGAACACAGAAGGYCGAAUGCCAAACCUCACCUGUUUUAAAUGUAACAAAAAGUAAAGAAUCUCAUUGCCGUGG